CGCAGGGAUGAUCGAGAGUCGAUUAUGUAUCGUGACACGGCGAUUAGCCGGGGCUUAGCGUUGUCCGAUAGGCCAUGGCGUUAUCAGAAGCUAGUGUACACCACCCAGGCCGCCAUAUUUAACUAAGUCCUUCGGCUUUGUUUGUUCCCAGAACAAAGAAAGUUCCCCGCGACUGGUCAUGCCUUUCCUUGCAACUGUGGUGGCCGUGUUGGCCGGGGCUGGGGCUGUCGCGGGCCAGUAUUUCCCGCCCACGCCGGGGGGAUUGAAAGUCGUGCAUUCGAAGCAUUACGAGGGGGUGACGAUUUCCUACAAAGAGCCCGGCAUCUGCGAAACCACGCCCGGGGUCAAAUCCUACUCGGGCUACGUGCAUCUUCCCCCCGGAACCCUCAAUGCCCUCGGCAUCGCCCAGGAUUAUCCCAUCAACACCUUUUUCUGGUUCUUCGAGUCGCGGAAUAAUCCUCACAAUGCACCACUAUCCAUCUGGAUGAAUGGCGGCCCCGGCGGAUCCUCCAUGAUCGGCCUGCUGCAGGAGAACGGUCCCUGCGUGGUGAACCCGGACUCGAACUCCACCGAAUCGAACCCCUACUCGUGGAAUAACUAUGCCAAUAUGCUGUACAUCGAUCAGCCGAACCAGGUCGGGUUCAGCUAUGAUGUGCCUACCAAUGGCACGUAUGACCAGCUCACGGAGGUGUUGAAUGUCGCGUCCUGGGAGGACGACGUCGUGCCGGAGCAGAAUAAUACGUUCUAUGUGGGUACAUUCCCCAGUCAGGAAGUGCAAGCUACUACGAAUAGUACGGGGAAUUCGGCGCGCGCGCUGUGGCUGUUCGCGCAGACGUGGUUCGCUGAGUUUCCUGAGUAUCGGCCGCUUGAUGACCGGGUGAGUCUCUGGACGGAGUCGUAUGGGGGGAGGUAUGGACCGGCGUUUACGGCUUUUUUUCAGGAGCAGAAUGAGAGGAUUGAUGAGGGGACGGUGGAAGGACAUGCGAUUCAUUUGGAUACGUUGGGGAUUAUUAAUGGGUGUGUGGAUCUGUUGAUUCAGAUGCCGUCGUUUCCGAAUAUCGCGUAUAAUAAUACGUAUGGGAUUGAGGGGAUCAAUAAGACGGUGUAUGAGAAGGCGAUGCAUGACUGGAGCAAGCCUGGUGGGUGCCGGGAUAUGAUUCUGGAGUGUCGAGAGGUGGAAGCAGUGGGCGAUCCCUUGAUGUAUGGGGAUAAUGAGACGGUGAAUCGCAUCUGCGAGGAUGCGUCCCGAUACUGUCUGGAUGAGAUCAAGGGUCCGUUUACGAAUUUCUCGGGCCGGGGAUACUAUGAUUUCGCGCAUUUCAACCCCGACUCGUUCCUCCUCCCAUACUACGUGGGAUAUCUGAAUCAGCCCUGGGUGCAGAGCGCGCUGGGGGUUCCGAUCAACUUCACCAUGUCGGCGGAGAAUGUCUACGCGAGUUUCCAUACCACCGGCGAUUACCCUCGCUCGGAUCUCCGUGGUCUGGUGGGCGAUCUCGGCUACUUGCUGGACUCGGGCAUCAAGGUGGCUCUGGUGUAUGGGGACCGGGACUACGCGUGUCCGUGGAACGGGGGCGAGGAUGUCAGUUUGCAGGUGGAUUAUGUGGACCAGGAGAAGUUCCGGGCUGCUGGGUACGCCGAGGUGCAGACGAAUGCCUCGUAUGUUGGGGGCAUGGUGCGGCAGUAUGGGAACUUUUCGUUCACGCGCGUCUUCCAGGCGGGCCACGAGGUGCCGUUCUAUCAGCCCCAGACGGCGUAUGAGAUCUUUAAUCGGGUCCAGUUUAAUCGGGAUCUGGCGACGGGGAGGAUCAACACGGCCCGCAAUGGGAGCUAUGCCAGUGAGGGGCCGUCGUCGACGUGGAAUGUUACCAACGAGGUGCCGGAGAGUCCCGCGCCGACGUGUUAUUUGUUGACCAUGGAGAGUACUUGUACGGAGGAGCAGCGGGAGGCUGUGGUGAAUGGGACUGCGGUGGUGAAGGAUUGGAUUGUGGUGGAAUGAUGCGAGUAUCACGGAAAAGGCCAUGGAUCAAAUGGUAGACGACGGUCACAUGACAGAUGACAUCUUUGAUAGCUUCAAGUUGUCGCGAGAUACCGUGCGACCACCAGUCAGCAUGCAUUAGACUAUAUAUCAGGUGAUGUCAGGCGCAUCUCCUGUAAAUUGGACUUUCACUCUAC